UUACAGUGUGUGGGCGGAGCCUGGAGAGUGGGCUUUCUUUACGCAGGCGCAGUGGUUGUUGCGAGUGCGAGUGGUGGCUCCGGGUGACCGGGCCGCCUGUAACGAACAGCGGCAGUAGCAGCAAUGGUGAAGAAACGGAAAGGCCGGGUGGUCAUAGACUCCGAUACCGAGGAUAGCGGUAGCGACGAGAAUUUGGAUCAGGAGCUUCUGUCUUUGGCCAAGCGCAAGAGGAGUGAUUCAGAAGAGAAGGAACAGCCAAUAAGCAAGCCGGCAGCAACCUCUGACUCGGAGACCUCUGAUAGUGAUGAUGAGUGGACAGUCACAGGACAGUCAAAAAACAAGAAAAAAGGGAAACCGGGGAAAGGAGGGGAGAAGAAGGCAGCUAUGAAGAAACAGGCCAACCGGGCAGCAUCUUCUGCCAGCUCUGGCAAGGACAGCUCUGAGGAGAGCUCUGCUCCAGAAGAAGGCGAGGUGUCGGAUUCUGAUAGUAACAGCUCCUCCUCCAGUUCUGAUUCAGAUUCUUCAUCUGAAGAUGAAGAGUUCUGCGAUGGCUAUGGGGAGGACUUCAUGGGGGAUGAAGAAGAUCGGGCUCGACUUGAGCAGAUGACUGAGAAAGAGAGGGAACAAGAACUGUUUAAUCGGAUAGAAAAGCGGGAAGUGCUCAAACGAAGAUUUGAAAUAAAGAAGAAGCUAAAAACAGCAAAAAGGAAAGAAAAGAAAGAAAAAGAGAAAAAGAAGAAGCAUGAUGAAGAACAGGAGAAAAAGAAGCAAACACAGGUCUUGGAGGCACAGUUACAGGUAACUUCACAUAAUAAAGAAAGGAGGUCAAAGCGGGAUGAAAAGUUGGAUAAGAAAUCUCAAGCAAUGGAAGAAUUGCGAGCAGAGAGAGAGAAAAGGAAGAAUAAGACUGCAGAGUUGAUUGCCAGAAAACAGCCUCUGAAGACCAGCGAGGUAUAUUCUGACGAUGAAGAGGAAGAAGAGGAUGAUAAGUCUAGUGAAAAAAGCAACCGAUCUUCUAGAUCAUCUUCUUCAUCUGAUGAAGACGAAGAGACUGUUGAGAUUCCACCAAAAUCUCUGCCUGUAUCUUUGCCAGAAGAGCUCAACAAGGUUCGGUUGUCUCGACACAAAUUGGAACGUUGGUGUCAUAUGCCCUUUUUUGCCAAGACUGUCUCAGGCUGUUUUGUGCGGAUAGGCAUUGGAAACCAUAACAGCAAACCUGUAUACAGAGUUGCAGAAAUCACUGGUGUGGUGGAGACUGGAAAAGUAUACCAGUUGGGCGGGACAAGGACAAAUAAAGGCCUGCAGUUACGGCAUGGCAACGACCAGAGGGUGUUCCGACUGGAGUUCGUCUCUAACCAAGAGUUUACAGAAAGCGAGUUCAUGAAAUGGAAAGAGGCGAUGUUUUCUGCUGGAAUGCAGCUUCCCACUCUCGAUGAAAUCAACAAGAAGGAACUAUCAAUUAAAGAAGCCAUGAAUUAUAAAUUUAAUGACCAGGAUAUUGAGGAGAUUGUAAAGGAAAAGGAACGGUUUAGAAAAGCUCCUCCGAAUUAUGCCAUGAAGAAAACUCAGCUUAUGAAGGAUAAGGCAAUGGCGGAGGAAGCUGGAGAUCAAGACAGAGCUAAGCAGAUUCAAGAUGAGUUGAAUGAACUUGAGGAGCGGGCUGAAGCUUUGGAUCGGCAGCGGACAAAAAACAUCUCUGCCAUAAGUUAUAUCAACCAGCGAAACAGAGAAUGGAAUAUUGUGGAGUCUGAGAAGGCUUUAGUGGCAGAGAGUCAGAGCAUGAAGCAGCAGCAGAUGGAUCCCUUCACUAGGAGGCAAUGCAAGCCAACCAUGGUGUCUAAUUCCAGGGAUCCUGCAGUUCAGGCAGCCAUUAUUGCUCAGCUAAAUGCAAAGUAUGGUUCCGGAGCUAGCAACGAUGCAUCUAAAGACACAGGCUCGGCUCAAAGCAAGGAUAAAGAUGGAAACACCAAGUCAGCCAGUGACCUCUCGGAAGACCUGUUUAAAGUGCAUGAUUUUGAUGUCAAGAUCGACCUCCAAGUCCCUAGUUCAGAAUCAAAAUCUCUCGCCAUCUCCUCAAAAGCACCACCAGCAAAGGACGGAGCACCCCGCCGAUCUCUGAAUCUGGAGGACUACAAAAAAAGGAGAGGACUUAUCUGAGCCCAGCCAGCACGCUGCUGAUUUUGCAUGCCCCAUUUUGUAACCUUCCCUGUUCUUUUGACCAUCGUGUGUCUGGAGCAGUAGCACCACUGGGAAUUGACUCUGCAUCACCAAUCAGUACUGACUGACUUCAUAUGACACCUUACUUUGCCCAUAGUUCUGUGGCUCCCACUUAUUGUGGACCUUGGAUCAGUUGUCCAUUUAUCUCCGUGUAUAAUGCUUUUGUAUGAGCUAGGCGUUUCAUGGCUUAGCCUAAAGAAGUCAAUGUGAUCUCUGCAGUAAACAAGCACUACAUAUCCUCCGGUUUCCUGUUUGCAUCAUCACCUCCAAGUUCCUGACUUUGAAGCCAUUACCAGUCGGUUCUCUUUUUCUCCAUGAGAGGGCAUUUGAGGAGUAUGCAUCGGUUUCUGCAGUUGACCCUUCCUGUUAAGGUUUUUGUGAUGGGCAAACAUCAGAUAUUUAUUUUUUUAACUUUUUUUUUUUGUAUUAGCAGCCAUAGAGUUUCUGUCCUGACGUGCUUUUGCUGACUCUGCAUGCACCAUUAUGUUUUUGUUCUUCGCCGUGUUUCUGGAGCAGCAGCAGCAGAUCUGGCAAUGGACUCAGACUUGUAUCAUAAACUUUUGGACUUUGAGACUGUUCACUUGGCCACUCUUCCGUGACACCCUCUUGUGGAUCUGUGAUUAUUUUUUUGUUUCGGUUUCUCUUUGGUUGUCAUUUUUUUCCAAACCUGUAUGCCAUUUUGUUUUCCCGCAAGCCUGGUGUUUUAAUUGCUCAGUAUUACAAUGGAGAUUCAAGCUCUGCAGUAUACGCAGCAAGCACUGCAUAAGCACUCUGGUUUCCUCUUUGCCUUCACGGUCAGUGAGGGUUAAAGACCCCUCAAUCUCGGCGGAGGCGUAUGACGUUGAAGAGAGCCUCCGUUUUCCUUCUGCGUUUUACAAAGCAAGGAGUCUAGAAGGUGCUGCAGUUGAUUCACCUUCCUCUUCACAGUAUGUUUUUCGGUGGCAGGUUUCAGGAAUAUUUUAAUGAUUCUUUUUAGCUGCAGUACAGUUUGUCUGUCCUGGCUGUUUAUGGCUGUUUGGAAUACCUUUUAAAAGCUGUAAAUGAGAAUAUGAAACUGUAAAGAAGAAACUGAUUAAAUAUGGUUCUUCUUAUGAAAAUGGGAGUUUAUGAGUUCCAUUUACUCCAUGACAGAAAUGAGUCACGGGUUGACAAAGGAGGUAUUAUGAUGGAAAACAUUUGUGAUCAUAACUUGCACAAUGAAAUUUCCGUAUUUUUGUCUGUUGUGGAAUGAUUGCUGAACAGUAUAUGCAAAUGAAUGAACAGUGGCCAUGGUGGCUCGUGCUUUAUUAUUGCACAGUGCAGAGCUUGAACGCAUACAGGUAAUAAAGAGUGUUACUCCGUCUUAGGCCUUCUGUC